UCCUCGCCGCCAACUUCGAGGACCGAAAGGAACCGACGAUCCAGGGCAAGUACCAGAAGUCGGCGGUGUUCGUCAGGUCGGGGAGGAAGAUCGGCGUCGUCGGCUAAUGAUUGCCAAUCCUGGAAAAAUCAUUAUUACCGAUGAAGUACAAGCUGUGAGGAAAGAAGCGCAGAGACUGAAAAGGGAAGAAGGCGUAGAUAUCAUCAUUGCCUUAGGACACGCAGGAUUCAAGAAGGAUUUGGAACUAGCGAGGGAAAUCGAAGAGGUAGACGUAGUCGUGGGCGGCCAUACGAACACUUUCCUCUACACCGGCGACUCCGACCCCUCCACGGAGCCCAGCGUCGGCCAGUACCCGACCGUCGUGACCCAGGCUUCGGGGCGGCGGGUGCUGGUGGUGCAAGCGUACGCCUUCGGGAAGUACCUGGGUCAUCUGGAGGUCACUUUCGACGCGGCGGGCGAGGUCAAGUCCUGGCGAGGGAAUCCCGUGCUCAUGGACAACACGGUGGAGGAAGACCCAAGAAUCCUCUCGGAGCUGGUCCCCUUCCAAGAGCAGGUGGAGAGCGUGGUCAAGGAGGAGAUCGGCAAGACCUACGUGUUCCUCGACGGCACCCGAGUCAACUGCAGGAUGAAGGAGUGCAAUCUUGGCAACCUGCAGACGGACGCGAUCGUGCACAUGAACACGAAAUAUCCCGACGACGCUCGCUGGGCUCGCACGGCGCUGGCGAUCCUCAACGGCGGGGGAAUCCGAGCCUCCAUCGACGAACGAGCCUCCAACGGUACCAUCACAAUGGAGGACAUUCUUACAGUCGCUCCCUUCCAAAAUACCAUCGACAUCGUGGAGCUCAAGGGACGACACGUGAAGGAAAUGUUCGAAUAUUCAGUGCAAAACUACGAUAUCACGGGACAGAAUCUCUUUGGUGGAUUUUUGCAAGUCUCCGGAUUCGUAGUGGUGUACGACCUCAACCUCCCCGUCGGGCAGCGCGUGGUACGACUCCAGGCCCGGUGCGUGUCGUGCCGAGUGCCCGAAAUGAAAGACGUGAAGGAGGACGAGGUGUACCAGGUCGCCAUGCCGUCCUACCUGGCCAAUGGCGGCGACGGAUACGAGGUCAUUCGGGAUAACAAGGUCGAACAUCAUUUGACAGGCCUGCUCGACACGGAUGCCUUCUCGCAGUACAUCAUGCUGAACACGCCCAUCUACCAGGGAUUGGAAAAUCGGAUUCUCUACAUCAACUCCAACGACCUCUGUCCUGGUAAUGCGGGGGCUUCCGGAGGCUUACACGACGAAGGUGCGCACAGCCAUCCAUACCUCACCAAGCCUCACGCCCUCAUGUCCGAGAUGAUGGAGCGGCACGACGAUUAUUACGAGAAGCAUUUUGUCUCCCCUAAAAAGAAGAGCGAUUCAAAGAAAACGGGCCGACCAAAGAAAACGGAUGGGAAAUUCGAGGGGUAUCUUAUUCAAGAACCGAGGCAGACUUCCAAUCAUUUUAGCUUUAACUUUGGUGAUAGGAUAUUCUAGAUCUUGUAUUUAUGCGGUUAGGAUGAUUAGAAUUUUAUGCAUGAAUGCUAGAUUUUAUUAGACAACCUUUAUACCUACAUAAACAGUAUUGCCAAAUUAACAAACAGCUAAUAAUAUACACAACGGAGUAAUUACAUUAUAUACAGUAUAUUUGCAUUACUAAAUACACAUACUCUCUCUUAGUUUGUUUGUUUCUUUUCUCUCUUUCUCUC